UCCCUCUCCAACGCCCGCUCACGCAUCGCCAAUCGCCGCACCUGUCGCGAUGUCCUCUGCAUCAUCAUCCGCCGCGGCACGGCCUGCCAAGAAGCAGCGCCGGGCGCCACGUGCCGCGCCCGACGCGCCCGCCGAGCUGCCCAUGGGCCGCUUCCUCGCCUCGCCCGAGAAGAAGCUGCGCGACGGCGCCGUGCGCUCGCUUGCCGCAUUCCUCAGCCAGCGCGCUGCGGCCGAGCCCAUCAGCCGCGAGGACAUGGCCAAGCUCUGGAAGGGCAUCUUCUACUGCUUCUGGAUGUCGGACAAGCCGCUCGUGCAGCAGGCUUUGGCGCAGGAGCUGGCCGACCUAGUGCUGCUCGUGCCGCGGGCCGCUGCCCCCUCCUCAUCCACCUCCGCCGCGCCGGCGUGCCAGGCGGCGCUGGGCUUCCUCGAGGGCUUCUGGGACGCCAUUGUGCGCGAGUGGAGCGGCCUGGACAAGUGGCGCAUGGACAAGUUCUACCUGCUCGUGCGCCGCUUCGCCAAUGCCGGCUUCCGGCUCGUGGCGCGCGAGCAGUGGGAUGCCGCAGCGGUGGCGGAGCUGGCGCGCAUCAUGCGCAAGCAGGGCGGCCCGAUGUGCCCAAAUGACGUCAAGGUGCCAGACAGCAUCACGUACCAUCUGGCCGACGUGUACCUGGAGGAGCUGGAGAAGGCCAUCGUGUCGCAGGAGGCAGGCGGCGAGACGGCGCCGACGCCCCUGCUCGACCUGCUGCAGCCGUGGGUCGUGACUGUCGCCUCGGCGCACUCGGGCCCGAUGUACACGCGCAUCAUGGACAACGUGCUGCACCCGCUGCUGCGCGACCUGCUCGUCGAUCCGCCGGCCGAGGACGAGGACGAGGCCGACGCGGCCGCCGAGCUCUCCUUCCCGCGUCUGCUGGCCACUGCUGCGGCGCCGCCCGCGGCCGAGCUGGGCGACGAGGAGUACGACGACGCGGCGCGCAAGAGCGGCCGGCGCGCCCAGCUGCGCCUGGCGCUCUUCCGCCGCCUCUUUGCCGAGGCCAGCCGGCCAGAGGCGCUGCAGGCACGGCGACACAACCUCUACAAGCUCUGGGAGGCGGAGCGUGCGCGCAUGGACGACGCAGAGGACAGCGAGUGAUGCUGCUGCGCACGUCGGUCGUGGGGUCUCCAAUGUCAUCUGGUC